UAGAAGAGACGCAAUCAUGGCGGAUGCUGCGGCUCGUCAAUUGCAAUACGAAUAUAAAGCGAAUUCUAAUCUCGUUUUACAAGCUGACGUACGGUUAAUAGAAAGACGUAGCCGAGAUGAAGCCACCGGCGAAGUUAUGUCCCUUGUGGGCAAAUUGGAUGGCACUCGCAUGGGUGACAGAGCCCAACGUACCAAACCGGGCAAAGCAGAAGAGAGAAAAGUCAAACGUCAAAAACGCGAUGAAGCGCAGUAUGACUUUGCACGUAUGAAAGGAGCAACAUUGUUGUCCGAAGGUGUAGACGAAAUGGUUGGUAUUGUAUAUCGUCCAAAAACACAAGAAACACGUCAAACUUAUGAGGUAUUGCUCAGUUUCAUACAAGAGGCUUUAGGCGAUCAACCUCGCGAUAUUCUUUGUGGUGCGGCCGACGAAGUGCUAGCAGUAUUAAAAAAUGAUCGACUUAAGGAGAAAGAAAAGAAGAAGGAGACGGAACUUUUACUUGGUUUGUUAGCAGAGGAGAGAUUUGCGCUACUUGUAAAUCUGGGGAAAAAAAUCACAGAUUUUGGUAGCGACGAAAAAAGUACAACAAAUGAUGAAAACAUUGAUGAAACGUACGGAAUUAAUGUACAGUUUGAAGAAAGCAGUGAAGAGGAUGAUGAAGAUGUAUAUGGAGAGGUUCGUGAAAAUGAUGAUGAAGGGGAUGAAGGUGAAGAAGCUAAUGAUGACAGAGCUAUUCAUGCAGAAAAUUUGGGUGGAACAGAAGAAAUGAAGAAAGAGAAACCAUUGCAUCCAUUAGACAUAGAUGCAUAUUGGUUGCAAAGAAGAUUAAGCAGGAUAUAUGAUGACGCUAUGGUUUCACAAGCUAGAGCCGCCGAAGUAUUAGCCGUUUUGAAAGACGCUGCAGAUGAUCGCGAAUGCGAGAAUCAACUUGUGCUUUUGUUGGGUUACGACUGCUUUGACUUUAUUAAACAGCUUAAAAAAUACAGGCACACAGUCGCGUACUGCACAAUGCUGGCUUCGUCGCAGUCGGAAUCGGAGAGACAGAAAAUCCGUAACAAGAUGAACGAUGAACCGGUGCUCGCAAAAAUCCUGCGACAAUUAGACACGGGUAAAGGCGAUGACGACGCCGAUGAGACGAUGGAAGCGAGAUCACAACGCAAGAGACGGGAAGAGAAUGAGGAUACGGGAGGACCUGGAGGACAGGUUCAGGGUACGAGAAACUUAAUAGACCUGGAAGACUUAAUAUUUGCUCAGGGAAGUCACUUCAUGGCGAACAAACGUUGCCAGCUGCCCGAUGGUUCUUUCCGAAAACAACGAAAAGGAUACGAAGAAGUCCACGUUCCAGCUCUGAAACCAAAGCCAUUUUCCGAUAGCGAGAAGCUACACCCGAUCGAGCAAUUGCCCAAGUAUGUACAACCUGCUUUUGAAGGCUUUAAGACGCUAAAUCGCAUACAGAGUCGCUUGUACCAGACGGCGUUGGAAAGUGAUGAGAAUCUACUGUUGUGCGCGCCAACGGGAGCGGGUAAAACCAACGUGGCCUUGCUGUGCAUGAUGAGGGAGAUCGGUAAGCACAUAAACGCAGAUGGCACGAUUAACGCGGACGAAUUCAAGGUGAUCUACGUCGCCCCGAUGCGUUCACUGGUGCAGGAAAUGGUCGGCAAUUUCCGCAAACGAUUAUCAACGUACAAUCUCACAGUUUCGGAAUUGACGGGCGAUCAUCAGUUGACGCGGGAGCAAAUCGCCGCCACUCAGGUAAUAGUGUGCACUCCGGAAAAGUGGGAUAUCAUAACGAGGAAAGGCGGCGAGAAGACCUUCACGUCGCUGGUGCGAUUAAUUAUCAUCGACGAGAUUCAUUUGUUGCACGACGAGAGAGGUCCUGUCCUGGAAGCGUUGGUCGCGAGAACAAUACGAAACAUCGAAACCACCCAGGAAGACGUGCGACUCGUCGGUCUGUCGGCCACAUUGCCGAAUUAUCAAGACGUCGCGGCGUUCUUGCGCAUCAAGCAGGAGACGGGAUUGUUCUAUUUCGACAACAGCUUCCGCCCGGUGGCGUUGGAACAGCAGUACAUCGGCGUUACCGAGAAGAAGGCGCUGAAACGCUUUCAGGUGAUGAACGAAAUCGUCUACGAGAAGACGAUGGAGCACGCCGGCAGGAAUCAGGUACUGAUAUUCGUGCACUCGCGCAAGGAAACCGGUAAGACGGCGCGCGCCAUUAGAGACAUGUGCCUGGAGAAAGACACUCUGGGCCAGUUCCUUAGGGAAGGUUCCGCGUCCAUGGAGGUCCUGCGGACGGAAGCGGAGCAGGUGAAAAAUCAAGAGCUCAAGGAUCUGCUGCCGUACGGCUUCGCGAUUCAUCACGCCGGCAUGACGCGAGUGGAUCGCACGCUGGUGGAGGAUCUCUUCGCCGACAGGCAUAUACAGGUGCUCGUAUCCACGGCGACUUUAGCUUGGGGCGUGAAUCUACCGGCCCACACAGUCAUCAUCAAGGGCACGCAGGUGUACAAUCCGGAGAAGGGCAGGUGGGUGGAGCUGGGCGCGCUAGACGUGCUGCAAAUGUUGGGACGAGCCGGUCGGCCGCAGUACGACACCAAGGGCGAGGGCAUCCUUAUCACGAAUCACAGCGAGCUGCAGUACUACCUGUCGCUUCUGAAUCAACAGCUGCCCAUCGAGUCGCAAUUGAUCAGCAAGAUGUCGGACAUGUUGAACGCGGAGGUUGUGCUCGGCACGAUACAAAAUAUCAGAGACGCGGUCACCUGGCUCGGCUAUACUUAUCUUUACAUCAGAAUGCUCCGUUGCCCGAAUCUGUACGGGAUCAGUCACGACAAAUUGAAGCAGGACCCGUUGCUGGAGCUGCACAGGGCCGACCUGAUACACUCGGCCGCCGUCGGACUGGAUCGCAGCGGCCUGAUCAAGUACGAUCGCAAGUCCGGCAACUUCCAGGCGACCGAGCUGGGCAGAAUAGCGUCGCACUAUUAUUGCACCCACGAGACGAUGUCCACGUACAAUCAGCUGCUGAAACGCACGUUGAGCGAGAUCGAGCUGUUCCGCGUGUUCUCGCUGUCCGGCGAGUUCAAGAACAUCAACGUCCGAGAGGAGGAGAAGCUGGAGCUGCAGAAGCUGAUGGAGAGGGUGCCGAUACCGGUGAAGGAGAGCAUCGAGGAGCCGAGCGCGAAGGUGAACGUGUUGCUGCAGGCGUACAUCUCGCAGUUGAAGCUCGAAGGAUUCGCCCUCAUGUCGGACAUGGUGUUCGUCACGCAAUCCGCCUCGCGUCUCAUGCGCGCCAUCUUCGAGAUAGUGCUGUUUCGCGGCUGGGCGCAAUUGGCGGACAAAUGCUUGUCUCUUUGCAAGAUGAUCGACCGCAGGAUGUGGCAGUCGAUGUCGCCGUUGCGGCAAUUCCGCAAAAUGCCGGAGGAGAUUGUGAAGAAGAUCGAGAAGAAGAACUUCCCGUGGGAGAGAUUGUACGAUCUCGGGCCGAACGAGAUCGGCGAGCUGAUCCGCGUGCCGAAGCUCGGCAAGACCAUACACAAGUACGUGCACCAGUUCCCGAAGCUGGGCCUGUCGACGCACAUUCAACCGAUCACCCGCUCCACCCUGCGCGUCGUGUUGACCAUCACGCCGGACUUCCAGUGGGACGAGAAGGUGCACGGUAUGUCGGAGGCGUUCUGGAUCCUCGUCGAGGACGUGGACUCGGAAGUGAUACUGCACCACGAGUACUUCCUGCUGAAGGCCAAGUACGCGGCCGACGAGCACGUGAUCAAGUUCUUCGUGCCGGUGUUCGAGCCGCUGCCGCCGCAAUACUUCCUGCGCGUCGUCUCCGACCGAUGGAUCGGCGCGGAAACGCAGCUGCCGGUGAGCUUCCGGCAUUUGAUACUGCCGGAGAAGAAUCUACCGCCCACGGAACUGCUGGAUCUGCAGGCACUGCCAAUCACGGCGCUGCGCAACGCCAAGUUCGAGAACAUCUACGCCGAGUUCCCGCAGUUCAACCCGAUACAAACGCAGGUGUUCAACGCGGUGUACAAUUCUGACGAUAAUGUGUUCGUCGGCGCGCCCACGGGUUCCGGUAAGACGACGAUCGCGGAGUUCGCGGUGCUACGAUUGCUCACGCAGAACUCGGAAGGCCGAUGUGUCUAUAUGGUGAGCAAGGAAGCUCUGGCCGAACUAGUUUACGCCGAUUGGGCGAUGAAAUUCGGUCAGCAACUCGCAAGAAAGGUCGUACUUCUGACUGGCGAGACGGGAACGGAUCUGAAGCUGCUGGUCAAGGGACAGAUAAUUAUCACGACGGCGGACAAGUGGGACGUGUUGUCGCGCAGAUGGAAGCAGCGGAAGAACGUGCAGAACAUUCAACUGUUUAUCGUCGACGAGUUACAACUGAUCGGCGGCGAGGAGGGCCCGGUGCUGGAAGUCGCGUGCUCGCGUGCACGUUACAUCUCCUCGCAGCUCGACAAACCCACCCGGAUAAUAGCGUUGUCGGCCUCGUUAGCCGAUGCCAAAGAUGCCGCGCAGUGGCUAGGCGCGCCGGCCGCGGCGACCUUCAACUUUCAUCCGUCCGUGCGACCGGUGCCGUUGGAGCUGCACGUGCAAGGUAUAAACGUGACGCACAACGCGUCGAGACUGGCCGCCAUGGCGAAACCGGUGUACAACGCGAUCCUGCGGCACGCCGCGCACAAACCGGUGAUCGUGUUCGUGCCUACGCGCCGGCAAGCGCGACUGACGGCUAUCGAUCUGCUGACGUUCACGGCAGCCGAAGGUCAACCGUCGAGAUUCUUCCACGCGGAAGAAGCUGACAUCAAGCCGUUCCUCGACCGAAUGGUGGACAAGACGCUGAAGGAAACCUUGUCGCAGGGUGUGGCGUAUCUUCACGAGGGUUUGUCGGCGGACGAUCGUCGCUUGGUCGAGCAGCUAUUCGACAGCGGCGCGGUUCAGGUCGCGGUCGCCACGAGGGACCUCUGCUGGGGCUUAUCCAUCAAUUCUCAUCUCGUGGUUGUCAUGGACACACAGUGCUACAACGGUAAGACGCACGCCUACGAAGAUUACCCGAUUACGGACGUUUUGCAGAUGGUGGCGCGGGCGAAUCGUCCACUGGAAGACGAGGACGCGAAAUGCGUGCUCUUGUGUCAAAGUUCGAAGAAGGACUUCUUCAAGAAGUUCCUGAACGAGCCGCUGCCGGUGGAAAGCCACCUGGAUCGCCGAUUGCACGAUCAUUUCAACGCGGAAAUUGUGACAAAAACGAUUGAAAACAAGCAGGACGCCGUGGAUUAUCUCACGUGGACCUUCCUGUACCGGCGGCUCACCCAGAAUCCCAAUUAUUAUGGCUUGCAAGGCGUAACGCAUCGGCAUCUCUCGGACCACUUGUCCGAGCUGGUCGAAAGCACGCUGACCGACCUGGAGCAGGCCAAAUGCGUCGCCGUUGAGGACGAGAUGGAUACUUUGCCGCUCAAUCUGGGAAUGAUCGCCGCCUAUUACUAUAUCAAUUACGCCACUAUCGAGCUGUUCAGCUUGUCUCUCAAUAACAAGACGAAAAUCAGAGGCUUGCUAGAGAUUAUUUCAGCGGCAGCCGAGUACGAGAGCGUGCCGGUACGACAGAGAGAGGAAAAUCUGCUGAGAAGUCUGGCCGCGCGUUUACCGCACGCGCCGCAAGCCACCAGAAUGGCCGAUCCUCAUGUGAAGGCGCAGCUUCUGCUGCAGGCUCACUUGUCGAGGAUACAGCUGGGCCCGGAACUGCAAAAGGACACCGAGCUUGUUCUAGGCAAGGCCGUGAGACUGAUACAAGCGUGCGUCGAUGUGCUGAGCUCGUCCGGAUGGCUCGCGCCCGCCGUCGCCGCGAUGGAACUCGCACAGAUGGUGACGCAGGCAAUGUGGUCCAAGGAUUCUUAUCUGAAGCAACUGCCGCACUUCACGGCGGAGACCAUCAAGCGCUGCACCGACAAAGGCGUGGAAACUGUGUUCGAUGUGAUGGAGCUUGAGGACGACGACCGGAAUCGGCUGCUGCAGCUCACAGACGCACAGAUGGCAGACGUCGCCAAGUUCUGCAAUCGCUAUCCUAACAUUGAGAUGUCGUACGAGGUGCAGGACAAGGACAAACUGCACAGCGGCGGCACGGUGAAUGUGAUCGUGCAGCUGGAGCGGGAGGACGAGGUCACCGGACCUGUGGUCGCGCCGUUCUUCCCGCAAAAACGCGAGGAAGGUUGGUGGGUGGUGAUCGGUGAUCCGAAGAGUAACUCGCUGCUAUCCAUCAAACGGCUGACGUUGCAACAGAAGGCAAAGAUUAAGCUGGACUUUGUCGCUCCGGCGCCCGGCCAGCAUUCCUACACGUUGUACUUCAUGAGCGACGCUUAUCUGGGCUGUGAUCAGGAGUACAAGUUCACCAUUAACGUCGGAGAGUACGAAUCAGACGCCAGCUCUGGUUCCGAUUCUGAUUGAAAAAAAAGGUCGUCUUUAAAUGAAUACAUUUUAUACUUCUACUAUUUUCUUGUACAGCAUUUAUUUGUAUCAAAUCUCGCGAUUCUUUAUUAUCCACUCAAUCUAAAUUCUUAUUUGUUAGUAUUAUUUAGACGAGUAGUGAUUAAGAAAAACUAAACCAUCUUACGAUUUUAUAUCGCUCGAGCGGCGAUUAAUCAAUAAACAGUCAACGCAUCGGCGCGAUAGUUAGUGUUAAAUAAUUAAAAAUAAAGUUUAUAUUUAUGCAAAUAAGUGUACAAAAAGCGAAAUAAUAUUUUAUUUCUCAAUAUAUAUUCCUAUCUUGAUAUAACAUUUUUUUUGCAAUGUGUAGAAUAAAAUGUAAUUGUCAAGCCUAGCAUUCUCAGUUUUAAAUUGCCAACAAUUUCUCUUGUUUCGGCUUACCUUUCCCAAUGAGAUGUAAUUAUUAAAUGCUUAUUAUGUUAUUAUUUGCAUUAAAAAAAUAAAAUUCAAAAUACUUCA